CACUGCCCGAUUGCUUUGGAUUUCUUUUGCUGCCAGGCUAAGAUUAAACUGGGGACCUGACAGCGCGUGGAGCCGUGAGUGCAGUGGAGAGACGUACUACUAACCUAGUUAAAUACGUCGAAACCAACACCGAGAAUAUAACUUAAGAACUCUUACCACAGGUUUUUUUUUUAUAGGAAAUUUGUUUAUUUUAACAAAGACGCAAAUAUGUCCUGGCAAGGCUACGUGGAUAACCUGAUGGCCGAUGGCAGCUGCCAGGACUCCGCCAUUAUCGGGUACACGGACGCCAAAUACGUCUGGGCAGCACACUCCGGUGGUACUUUUAAUAAUAUAACGCCUUCAGAAAUUGACGUCAUAGUUGGAAAAGAUCGAGAGGGUUUCUUCACUGGCGGUCUGACCCUAGGGAGCAAGAAGUGCUCUGUGAUCAGAGACAGCCUCCUAGUCGACGGUGACUGGACGAUGGACAUCAGGACAAAGAGUCAAGGAGGGGAACCAACAUACAAUGUUUCCGUAGGCAGAGCCGGCAAAGUCUUGGUUCUUGUAAUGGGCAAAGAAGGGGUCCAUGGAGGCGGAUUGAAUAAGAAGGCAUACUCAAUGGCAAAAUACUUAAGGGAUUCAGGGUUCUAGAUUAGAUGGAGUAGAUUAAUUUGAGGGAAAAACAAACAAAAACACAAAACUUAAGAAAAAAGGGAAAAAACAAAGGAAAAAAAAAAAGUAUAUUGCUGUUAAGAUUUCCCCAUCAUAUCAUUAACGCCUUGGAAACAUUAAUAGCAAUGAAGGGUAGCCUGGUGGGGGCGGGAGGGUUGGGGUGAUAGAUCUGUCACCUUUUUAUCUCCCUAUGUUUAUUGGGGAAAGACUCAAGUUUUUUUUCUUUUCUGUUCAUUUGUUUGUUUCGUUUUGUUUCCUUGUAUACUCCAGUAUUGGUUAUAGUCAUGGGAAAGGAAGGUAUCCAUGGAGGGCAGCUCAACAAGAAAGCUUUUUCCAUGGCCGACUACCUGAGGAAGAGUGGGUAUUAAGCAGCCUCCUCCCCCAUCCACGCAGAAGCCCAUUCUCACCACCAUCACGUUAUCGUUGAAACUGCUACUCCAUUUAGUUGGCAGACGCUUUUUUUUUUACUUUUUCAGUUUUGUCCUGUCCCCCCCCCAUCCCCCCCUCCCCUCCCUUUCCCCCCUUCCCUCCAUUCAUUUAUAUGCAUUAACUCACUGUGUACCCAAUUCUUUUCCCCCUCUGCUGUUGCACCGUAGGAAAAUGCACAUGUUCUUAAUGUGGCAUUGCAAAAAAAGUGUAUUUUAGAGUUUAAAAACAAAAAAAAGUACAAAAAAUGAUUAAAGACAAAAAAAAUUGGGUUGAUUACAGAUCUGGGCACUUGGUAUAAACACAGCACUGGAAACCUAAAUUAGGCAAAGGAAACCUAAAUUGGCUGACAUUGGAUGCAAAGGUGCCGAUAGUAAUGUUGGAUGGGUUGAUGCCUUUAGUGCGUGCUCAUAUGUCUUCCUUUUCUAUAGCAUGUCUAGGAGGGAAAUUGCAUGCAUAUCUUUAUCUUAAUGAACUUUAACCCUUUGACCACCCCCUCCAAAUAACAAGAAGAAAAAAAAAAAAAUCCUCAUUCUCAACUCUGGCCAAAAUCCUUCCCUUUUUACCUCACUGUUCCUUGUAGGCAAUUUGCCACCUUCAUCAUUUUACCAUUUUACAAGGACACCAGCUUUCCUCCAGGACAAACCAAUGUACCUCUUUCCCCCACAAACUAUUGCAACUUCCUUAUUAAUAACCUGCAUUGGAUGCUUUUGCUGUUGUGUUUGGGUGUGGUCUUACAAGUCGUGGUGUGGUGUUGGAUUAUUUAGAGAGUAAUAGCAAAUCGGCAUUGUUGAGAUGCAGAAAUGUCCUCUCUUCAUCACAUCCCUGUCUAUAUAAUCUCCAUGGACAUUCCACCUUAACAAUAGCUCAGGCGCUUAACCCUUAUUUGCCAGCUCCUGUAAUAUACAUUCUUUUUUUAUUUUGUACUGCCAUUUUGGACAGUAGAUAUCCCAGCAUAACCAUCUGGAGUGUUGUCCAGUUUGAUUUUUUUUUUUUUUUUUUUUUUUUUUUAAUAGGACCAAUUUUAUUUGCAGCUUGGGGUAUUUGCAGUCUUUCUCUGAAUCAUUGUAAAGGGCGACUGGUUGCUACAUCUGUUUGCCAACUGUAUCACUAACUUUUAACACUAAACUCUGACACUAGAGUUCUCAGCUGAAUUUGGUCAAAACAGAUGAAAUGUCACUCGUCCUCAUUCGUCAGCUAUCUGCAGCAAUGUUGUCUUCACGGAUAACUGCAAUUGACUCUGUAAACCCCCACCGUGGAGGGGGGAAAAAAACUAUACUGUGGAAUAAAUGGCCUUGUGCUCUAGUCAUCAAAUAAGAUGUGGUAUCAGAAGUUGUCUGUGAAAGCACGGUACUUAAAUGUAAUGUCCAAUUAAAAAAGAAAAAAAAACCUGGAAAGUUUAAAAAGAAAAAAGAAAAAAAAAAAGAAAAAGGAAAAAACAAAAAAAAAUUGUGCACACUUUUCAUGGGAGAUGGUAUUGGUUGGAAUAAGAACACUUUUGGUUGUCUUGUGGAAUCUUUCUACAAUGUGUAUCCUGUGCCAUAACGUAGAGCUAUGAUCUGUUGCAAUUAUGAGAUGGAUUUUAUCUGCAGCCCAGAAAGGAGUCAUUGGAAUGGCACUUCUUAUGGAUAUUUUGGCGCAAGCUCAACAUGUUCAGGCCUUGUGGAAUAUGUACAGAUUAAAACAAACCUUUGUCGCUGAUUUAUGUUCAUUUCUUUCCCUACACCUUUUCUUACAUCUUGGGAUACGGUCUAACUCGACUUAAUAUGCAUUAAAAUGAAAAAAAAAAAAUGCCAUAAAUUGAUAAACCACCUUGUUUACAGACAGAUCAAAUAAAUUUAUUCCAACCAGAUAA